AAGAGGAAAACACAAAACAGCUGACUAGUGCGGUUUUCUUCUUCUGACAUUUCUUUUCCAUUCUGAACAGCGUAAACAAACAAAAAUAUUUCAUUUGAACAGCCACAAAUAUAAUUGAACCGCGACCAGGACCAACCCUUUUUAUAAAUUUUCGUCAAAAUGGAAGGGAACGGCGAUGAGGAGAUCAGUAACCAAGAUCCGCUUCCACUUGAACGUUCCGGAGCUGUGCGAGAAAUUGGCAACCAAGCUGUUUGGAGUCUGUCGUCUUGCAAGCCAGGAUUUGGCGUUGAACGUCUGCGUGAUAAUAUAAUCGACACUUAUUGGCAGUCUGAUGGCCAACUACCGCAUUUAGUCAAUGUGCAGUUUCAUCGCAAGACGCGAAUUAGUGCAGUGUAUUUAUAUGCCGAUUACAAACUCGAUGAGAGCUAUACACCCUCACGCAUUUCGCUAAGAACUGGCUCGAACUUCAAUGACUUGCAAGAGUUACAAAAUCAUGAGCUUUUUGAGCCAACAGGUUGGACUGCGAUACAGGUAGAAAAUGGAAAAUCUAGACCCGUGCGCAUAUACAUGUUGCAAAUUGCAAUUGUAGCAAAUCAUCAGAAUGGACGCGACACACAUUUGCGCCAGAUACGCAUACAUGCUCCAGUUGAAAAUUCAAAGGAGAAAUUCACUUCAAUUAGUUUUAAGAAAUACGAUACCAUACGAUAAGGGAGCUGGCGUAAUAAAAUAUGUGUGAACUCGUCGGGGAUGUGGGGGAAGACUCAAAUGAUAAAAAAUUACAAUAUUUUAUAUAUUAGCAUACAAUAAAAACUUACCGCUAAAUAGUACUCAAGCAAACAUAAAAAUUCUUUUGA